AGGAGGAGGAGGAGGGGCCGCAGGGUUUGGUUGAGCUGCAGCUGUUUGUCUGUUCGAAAGAGGCUUAGGCCCGACGGGGGAGACGGAGCCCCAGGACUGUUAAAGCUUGGAAGACCCCUCCCCUCCCCCCUCCCCCCUCUGCCGCUUUGUGGCACCCCCCCUCCCUCCACCCUUUCCCACUUUCAUCAUCUGGCCAUGACGAGCAGAAGCACGACCAGGCCCAAUGGGCAGCCCCAGGCCAGCAAGAUAUGCCAGUUCAAAUUGGUCUUGCUGGGGGAAUCUGCAGUGGGAAAAUCUAGCCUGGUAUUACGUUUUGUCAAAGGGCAGUUCCAUGAGUACCAGGAGAGUACUAUUGGAGCGGCCUUCCUUACCCAGUCCGUUUGUCUAGAUGAUACAACAGUCAAGUUUGAGAUCUGGGACACAGCUGGUCAGGAACGAUACCACAGUUUAGCCCCCAUGUACUACAGGGGUGCUCAAGCUGCAAUUGUGGUUUAUGAUAUUACUAAUCAGGAAACCUUUGCACGCGCGAAGACAUGGGUGAAGGAACUACAGCGGCAAGCCAGUCCCAGCAUUGUCAUUGCCCUGGCAGGGAACAAAGCUGACCUAGCCAACAAGCGCAUGGUGGAAUAUGAAGAGGCCCAAGCAUAUGCAGAUGACAACAGUUUAUUGUUUAUGGAGACUUCAGCCAAGACAGCCAUGAACGUGAAUGAUCUCUUCCUGGCAAUAGCUAAGAAGUUGCCAAAGAGUGAACCCCAGAAUCUGGGGGGUGCAGCAGGCCGAAGCCGAGGUGUGGAUCUCCAUGAGCAGUCCCAGCAGAACAAGAGCCAGUGUUGUAGCAACUGAGGGGAUGGCUAGCAGCAAACAAGUACGGAGCUAGCACGAGAGCUAAGAAAUAACCUCUGUCCCCACCCCUCAGCACACAGCCCCUACGGUAACAGCACACUGAGCCCUGGCUCCCAAGGGCUGCCUCCUGACAGCUCUGUCAUGGCACUUUUUAACGCUUCAGCAACCAACACCAGGCAGCUGUUGCCACUGGCUUCCUACCCUCUACUUGAGGGCUUGGGGGUCAAAUAUCCCCAGGACUUACCUUCCAAAACAAACUUUCUUCACUUUGUAUUAUAGGUGCAACACAGUGACCUACUUAUCUUUCCUCUUCCUCCCCUGUGUUUUUCCCCAUUUUUUUCAUCAAACAUUUUUUGUCUCCUGCCCCUCCCUCUCUCUGUUUUUGGUUAAUCCUUGUUCUUGAUCCUCUUUUCCUCCUCUCCCAGGAUGGAGAAGGUGGUGAACCCAGAAACUGAGAAGGGAGCUUUCUAGUUCGGUAUGUUACAGGCCCUGGGGAAGAAUAAGGCUCAGAGCAGUAGGAAGAAAAGUUCAUUUUUGUUUUUAUUCAAUUGGAGUCUCAUAUUUGAAAACACUGCAGUAUCCAUGAGUUGACCUUGGUGGAGGGUUUUCCUAGGGAGAGGUGAGCAUGAGGAGGCAAGCUCUCAGGAACCAUGUGGGAGUCAUGUUAGCUGACUGAUCUGUGUAGGCUCAUCUGUGGCUCUGGAACUUUUCCAAGGCCCAGUUUUCCUUACCCAUCUCUUAGACAGCUUCUCCCCAAGAAGGGAUUGGAGCCUCGAGUCCUCCAAAGAAUCUUCACUGGUUGCCUGCACCUUCAGCUUUGCUGUGAUCUAAUUGGAGGAGGGGCCGGUUUCUAAUACCCAUCCUCUGAUUAUACAUAUGCAUUCCCCUCACCCCUGGCCUGUUAGGUGGCCUCAGCCCCACCCUCCAUAUCCCCUGCAGUUUGCACUUUAAUUGAUGGUAGCUCGGUCGGGAUACUUGUUUUAUGGGGUUUCUGAUUGAUUUACCUGCCCUCUCAUCUUUUUAAUUAAACAGAGGCUGAAGUAAAAGGUAGGGGAUGGGGGGGGGCGAGCUACAGAAAACAGUUCCAGUGGCAGCUACUCAAGCACAGUCUCCACUGCUCGUUUCUUCCUCCAAGUCUAAUUCUUAACGUUUAUUCUUGCCAGGCUCUUACAUAUAGAUUUGCCUUUGUGGAAAAUUAACUGAGCAACUGGGGAGUGGCUUAGGAUAGCAUAGGCCAAGGUAGGGGAGUAAAGAGAGGUCAGACAAAAGGGAGGAAUUUUCUGUCCCCAGGGUUCACAUUCAUUUUGCUAUCUAUUACCAUAUCUUUUCUACUUUCCUGUAAAUAGGUAUAAUCUUCAUUCUCACUAUAUAUAGUCUGUUCUGCCUCCCAUCAGGACCUUUUUUUUUUUUUGUUAGUAUCUUGACUAUAGUUCUUACAUCCUUAUCCCCAUUCUUACCCUCCCAUGCAACCAGUGUACCACUAGGGGCUAGAACCACGGAGGCCUGAUGAUGGCGCGCUCUCUCAUCAUGUCACCCGUUGCUGGGACAGGAAGUGACUAGCACUGAAGGUACCUCCCAACUGUCUCUUGUCAUCAGAGAACCUUGGUAGGUUCUCAGAUCUCUAGCCUCUCUUCACAUCUUUCAUCAGGUAUUUUAGGAUGUCUGUGGGAAACCAUCCAGGGAAGAGAGAACUCUUAAGUUCCUUCUUGUUCCAGCCCAGAGUUUUGGGAAUUUGGGGGAAGAAAGUCAGGAAAAACCACAGUAAGAUUGGAACUUUCUGCCCUUCGGCUUGCAGAUUGCCUUUUGUCCCAGAGCAGCUGAGAAAUCCGCAUGAGGCUUGGCUUGUGAAGGACCCAGCUUAGGUUCUUCCACCUUGGCCACAAUUCCCUUCCUUUUCCAGGGGCAGCCUUAGUUCCCAUGGCCCUGAAACAACUCACAUUUUCCCUUCUUUCCCCAGAACCCAUUACCCCUCCCCCAAAGCACCCAGUGCAUCCUUCUUACAAGUGGAAGAACUAAGAUGGCUGUCUGAGUCUUGUAGGAAUCAAAUUCUUUCUGUGUGCAGCCUUCUGCGUGAAGCAGGAGUGAAGGUGUUUCCCUCCCUUGGGGCUGGGAAACCUUUUCCCCAGGCUUCACCUUCCCUUGCCGCCUUAGGGACAGUGUUGGCCUUAGCUUCCAGGCCUAUCUUGCUGCCUUCCCUCUAUUUCUGCCAGCUUUUCUGCCCUCCUUUGAGCCCUUUUGGGCUUAAGGAUCUUAGUUUUAAAUAUUUCCUAGCUCUACAUCUUUUUUUCCUGAUCAGUUUUUUUGUUUUGUUUGGGGGAGGAGGGGUG